UCUGUGAGUACUUAUCCGAUUCCCGCAAUAUUACUUUUUUAUUCAGUGUGGUUUGCUUAGCUCCUCCUUCUUACUCUGCUACUUCCUACACCCCCACUCCCUUCGGCAAGCUCGUGCGGCGGUACCGUUCUGAGCUUGCUAUGAUCUGAUUGAAUCCAGGAUAAUGAAGUUUUCGGUAUGUUCCCUGUUUACUUCACCGCCUUCUUUUCAAUUUAAUGCCCUUAGAAACCAUCACAAACUACCACUCCAUUUAUUACAUAAUAGACAUCCAACUCAGUUUAGAAAAAUUUGUUCACACGCUCAGAAGCACCCACUACACACGAAAGAAGAUAUGGUUGCCGCAAGCUAUUUUCCUCCAUGGUUCAGUAUUGCUCCAAUGAUGGACUGUACGGAUAACCAUUACAGAACGGUUGCUAGGCUAAUGUCUAAGCAUGCGUGGCUUUGGACUGAGAUGAUUGCUGCUGAAACCAUUGUUUAUCAAGAACACAAUUUGGACAGAUUCCUGGCAUAUUCUCCAGAUCAACACCCGAUCGUGCUUCAAAUUGGCGGGAAUAACUUGGAAAACCUGGCAAAAGCAACCAGAUUAGCGAAUGCCUAUGGUUACGAUGAGAUCAAUCUUAACUGUGGAUGUCCUAGUCCUAAAGUGGCUGGCCAUGGGUGCUUUGGUGCUAGUCUCAUGCUUAACCCUAAGUUUGUUGGGGAGGCCAUGUCGGUGAUUGCUGCCAAUUGUGAUGUUCCUGUCAGUGUAAAAUGCCGAAUAGGUGUUGAUGAUCAUGAUUCAUAUAAAGAACUCUGUGAUUUUAUUUAUACAGUUGCUUCUCAGUCACCAACCAGACAUUUUGUAAUCCAUUCGCGAAAAGCGAUGCUAAAUGGCAUCAGUCCAGCUGACAACCGGAGGAUUCCCCCCUUAAAGUACGAGUACUUCUUCGGCCUUCUGCGUGACUUCCCAGACUUGCGUCUCACAAUAAAUGGAGGGAUAACUCACAUUGAUGAGGUCAAUAAUGCGCUAAGGCUAGGAGCUCAUGGUGUGAUGAUUGGACGAGCUUGUUACAGCAACCCAUGGUCUAUCUUAGGACAUGUUGAUAGUGCAGUAUAUGGUGUACCUGGUACUGGCCUUUCACGGCGUCAGAUCCUUGAGCGCUAUCAGGUGUAUGCUGACAGUGUUCUUGAAAAAGGUGGACCUAAUAAGCCGACUCUGCGUACAUUGGUCAAGCCUUUACUGGCGUUUUUCUUUGCCGAACCCGGAAAUGGUUUAUGGAAGCGCAAAGCGGAUGCUGCUAUGCAGAAGUGCACGACUAUGAAGUCGCUUUUUGAGGAAACACUAGACGCCUUACCAGACUCUGUAUUGGAUGCAUUGCCUUUGGAAGUUUCACCCCCUGGAGAAGAUAUUUUUGCUGGUGUACAUGAUUUGCUGCCGCCACCGUAUAGUUGUAUCGAAGAAAUCAUAUUAUGUGCUUAGCGUGCAUUAUAGAUUUAGUGUAUACAGUGUUCAUUCAUUGACAUUCUUAAUUCUUUUGAACGAUGACACAAAAAGUAAUCUUUAGGAUGAAACAGUGUAUUCGUUGAGAAAAUCCCUUGAUAUAUACAACAAUCAAAAAUGAAGCAAGCCCCAUGUAAACGGGCCCUUUGACAUGAAGAAUAUGAAAGUUCCGUGGACACU